AUGGCGACAGUGGCGACAGUGACAGCUCUGGACUUCGUGGUCACCCCCACCGUGUUCUUCGACAUCGCCAUGGACGGCGAGCUGUUUGUAGACAAAUUUCCAGAAACAGCAGAGAGCUUUCGUGCUCUGAGCACUGGGGAGAAAGGAUUUGGUUACAAAGGUUCCUGCUUUCACAGGAUUUUUCCUGGAUUUAUGUGCCAGGGUGGUGACGUCACACGCCAUCACGGCACUGGCGUCAAGUCCCUCUAUGGGGAGAAAUUUGAUGAUGAGAAUUUCGUCCUGAAGCACACGGGUGGCAUCCUGUCCACGGCGAAGGCUGGACGCAACACGAACGGUUCCCAGUUUUUCACCUGCACCGCCAAGCCCGAGUGGUUGGGGGCCAAGCACGCGGCGGAUGACAAGGUGAAGGAGGGCAUGAACCCCGUGGCGGCCAGGGAGCGCUUUGGGUCCAGGAACCACAAGCCCAUCAAGAUCACCAUUGCUGACUGCAGACAAAUCUAAUACAUUUGACUUGCGUUUUAUCUUCACUCCCAGACCAUUCCUUCUGUAGCUGGAGAGGCA